AUGGAGGUCCUUCCCGCGGGUGGGACGCGGGACCCGCUGCGAGCCGAGGAGGAGGAGGAGGAGGUGGCGGCGGUGGUGGCGGGGCACCCGGCGGCCGAGGGCGACGAGGAGCCGCAGCCCCCCGGCCGCACGAGCCGCACGGCGUCCCUGGUGAGCGGGCUGCUCACCGAGCUCUACAGCUGCACCGAGGAGGAGGAGGUGGCCGCAGCCGGCGGGGACCGUGCGUGCCGGGGCCGCCCCCCGCGCAGCGACAGCCUGGAUAGCUCCACCGAGACCUCGGGUUCCGACGUCUUCCUGGGCGGCCGCGGCGGCGUGGACGACUCCCGGGUGCUGCAGGAGCUGCGGCAGCGGCCGAGCCUGCGGCUGCAGAUGCAGUACCUGCGGCAGAAAGACUCCAGCGAGCUGAAGACAAUCCUUCGAGAGCUGAAGUACAGGAUUGGCAUCCAGUCGGCGAAGUUACUCCGGCAGCUGAAGCAGAAAGACCGACUCCUGCAUAAGGUUCAGAAGAACUGCGACGUUGUGACAGCCUGCCUGCAGGCUGUGUCGCAGAAGAGAAGAGAGUCAACGAUUGGCCUGACCCAUCAGAUCCGCACACCGCCUGCUCUGAAAUCCAAGAAGGGCAAAGCAUUUGGACAAGUGAAACCUGCGUCUUGCGUUGCCGGCUUUUAA